AUGGGGGUAAUAGAUGAGGCAGAUCGUAUAUUAGAGAUUGGAUUUGAGGAAGAAAUGAAUGCUAUUUUAUCCUUAUUACCUAAACAAAGACAAACUUGUCUAUUCUCUGCUACACAAACUGCUAAAGUUGCAGACUUAGCCAGACUUUCCCUCAAAAAACCCGUACUUGUACAGAAAGGAAUUCUUCUUUGUACCGACGUGGCGGCAAGGGGUUUAGAUAUUCCUAAGGUUGACUGGAUAGUACAAGUAGAUCCUCCUGAUGAUCCUCGUGAGUAUAUACACCGCGUAGGUCGUACAGCUCGUGGUGCCGGAGGAAAAGGGAAGGCAUUAUUAUUUCUUAUGCCUGAGGAAUUAGGAUUUCUUCGUUAUCUUAAGCAAGCUGGUGUACCUCUUAAUGAAUAUACUUUUCCUUCCUCUAAGCUUGCGAAUGUACAAACACAACUUGAGCGUCUUAUAGAAAAAAAUUAUUAUCUGCAUAAAUCUUCUCGUGAUGCAUACAGAUCUUAUUUGCAU